ACACGACCCAAGGUAAAACUCCUGCACUCAUACUUAAUAAUAGAUGAUACAAGAGACGUUGGCCUUCCAUGUACGUGGUCAGAGCAUCGACCGGAUCAGAUAUGGCAUGCCGAAAGAUUCACCGAUCAGGCCUGGAAGUGGCAACAGUAGCAAUUCGGUGAAGACGGCGGGCGCUUCCCGCCCAAACUUCCACACGUCGAUUCAAGACCUCGCCUCAGUGCUCAAUGCCAUUCCGGCGGCCGAGGAGUUGAGUGCACUAUGGCUGGGAGAAAGCUUGCCUGAUGAGGUGUGCCAGCAGAUCUCCGCUCCUGUUCAGGUCGACGCGGGAAAAGUAAUCCCUUUACAGCUGCUCAAGAAGGGUCUCGAUAGCGGGCGAACAGUGUCUGCACCUUCCGGCCGUGGUCUCCCUCUGUGGUUAGCUGUGCGCACUCUCAAAGCAUCAUGGCACGCUGAUGGUACCUGGCCCCUUCGUGGUCGUGAUGAAGGGGGACUCAGCAGUCGUUCCUGUGAUUCAACCUCACAAGAUCUCGAGCCUGUUCCAGAUUUGUCGGCAAUGAGACUCCAAGCAGGCGGAGGCACGGCGUCUGAAGGUCACGGCAGCGACUCUGAUGGCCUCUCCGACAACAACAGAGCGCUUAACGGAGCCAGAACCGGGUCCGCCGGCACGGGAGGAUCCAAGUCCGCGUUAUAUCGCAAAGAUGUAUGCUAG